AUGCAUGGUCAAUCGCCAUUGAUUCGAACGGCUAGAGGCCUGAGGACAGUCAAGACACGGCCAUCAUCCUGUCGCCAAUGCAGAACCAUUCAGAUCAGCGCCGCGCCCACUACUGAGACCCCUCGCGUUGGAGGAGAUGCGUUUGGGCUUCCUGCUAAUACCUCUGUCCACGAUGUUGCCGAUGCUCGUUUCGAAGUCCUUGGCUCACCAUACUCGAUGCUUUCCGUCACCCUCUCACCUUCACAGAAGCUUUACACUCGGCGAGGCACACUGGUUGGUGUAGCUGGCCAGGCAGAUAACGCGCAAUCGACGCUUUCAAUCCUCUCACCCUUCUCCCGAGCCUUCUUAGGCAUCCCCUUCUUGUACCAGAGGAUAUCGUCAUCAACCCCGCUGACGGCCCUGAUCUCGACGAAAUCCCCGACUACUACUUUCUCCAUCCUCCACCUUGACGGUACCACGGACUACAUGGUCGCGCAGCGAAAUGCGCUAUUGGCAUGGACUGGUCACACCCUCUCACUCAGCCCGCGCGUGAGCAGGGGCUUGUCGCUGGCGCACUGGGGUUCAACGCAUCUAAGUGGCCGUGGGCUGGCAGCGCUGUCGUCACCAGGCCAAAUUUAUCAACUGACACUUGGUGACGGCGAGGAGUUCGUCGCUCACCCAUCGCACGUCGUCGCUUACUCGGUUUCGCGCAACCCGCCUCUGCCAUUCCGCCUGAAGUCUUCGUCGUUCCGACUCCAGAUCCCGAGCGUCACCGGCCUGUUCCCCGAAACCAAGUUCUUCAAGGCCAUGCGGGACACAGACACUUACAAGGCGAUUGGCCGCUUCCUCUUCAGCCUGAGGACAUCGAUGCGGAGGACCAUCUGGGGCGACAGACUCUUCCUUCAGUUCCGUGGACCCACGACGCUGCUGAUGUCGAGCCGCGGCGUGCGCGUUGCCGAUGUUUUGACCAACCACGAGGUCAACGAGAUCUCAGAUGCACAAGCCGGUGUCGUUCCCAAGGCUGUCGAGCUUUCCUCCCAGCCAAAGGCCGUGGAGGCGGCAUCCACAGAACAAGCCCCGUCAGCCAUCCAUAUCGCGAGUGUCGCGAAGGAUGGCAAGGUCAGCUUUGAAGACGCAAAGGAUUUGAAGGAGUUCGUCCGGUGA